GGCGCGGGGAUCAGUCUCCCGCAGACGCUCCACGCUGAAACACGUCUCGAGCUUCUGAAAACUAUUUCUCAAUUACUCCUUUGAUAAAUAAUAUUUUAAACACAGUGCAGGACUAGUGAGGUGACAUUAUACUGACUUUCAAGUGAUUGUUGUUCGUGGGAAGCCGCUGAAGCUCAUUAUUAUAAAGCACCGGCAUUUUUUGUUAAACAGAUAUAAUAAACUAGUUCGCAAUGAGGGACGAGCGCGCAAAUUUGCCACGAGUGAGGAUUGCCGUCAUUGGCAGCUCCCGCGUUGGCAAGUCUGCACUUAUUGUCCGCUAUCUGACUAGGAGAUACAUCGGAGAAUACCAUUCCAACACAGAUCUGCUGUACAGACAGACAGUGCCUAUAAAUGGCACGCCAGUCGAGCUGGAAGUGAUCGAUGUGUCUGGAUCCAACUCCGACAAAUUUCCAGCUGAACAGAUCCAAUGGGCGGACGCGUGUCUGCUGGUCUACGCGGUGACAGACCGGAGCAGCUUUGAGUACGCCACCGAAGUCCUGGAGGCGCUAAAGAGGUCCCCGCAGCCCGGCAGCCCCGCGCACGGGCCCGCAGGCUCACCUGCCGCCAUGCCCAUAGCCCUGCUCGGCAACAAGACAGAUCUGGAUCAUUUGCGACAGGUGUCAACAAAAGAAGGUCAGUCCAUAAGCGCAGCGCACGGAGCCUCCUUCAGCGAAGCAAGUGUAGCCGAUAACUCCGGAGACCUGUACCGUUGCGUAGACCGUCUGCUCACGGAGGUGCGCGCGCCGCAGCGCACGCGCAAGUUCUCCGUCACCAAGAUGCUUGGCUCCCUCAUAGGUGGCGCAAAUAAUACCAGCCCGACGAGCCGAAGCGGGUCGAUGGUGGCCUGCCCUCGGGUGCCCACGCCAACGCGCGCGCCGCUGGCGGCAGCAGCCCCCUGACCGGCGCCGGCGCCCGCGCACCGCGCGCGCUGAUGCUUGGCCGGCGCCGGCGCCGUGUGGCUCGCGUGCCUUCCCGUGCCCGCCCGACUCAUGUCGCCCGCCCCUCUCUCUGCUGCCAUCUGAAAUGGACCUAAGUUAUGCCUGGUGCUAUCCCAAGAUAUCUGAAGAAUCUCAAAACCUUUUAAGGUGAAAGAUCUCCGUAAUCCUCAAAAACAUCAUUAGUGCUUCUAAUUUUUCACAUUUAUGUGAAAUUCAGUGGACUAAUCGGAGAUAGAGCGAGAAAAAAAGGACAUUUUUGUGUUGGCUAUGACGCCGUAAGCCUCAUCGAUUGGUGCUUAGCAUUAAAUGAGUCUUCUAUUCCAUUAAUUUUAUUACGUACCCACAGCACUCGGAGCAACAUGUUUGAUUCUUGAUCAGAUAGUUUCAUUCUCGCCAAAGAUAGGAUCUAGUCUAAGUUAGUAUGAAUACUUAUGUACCUUUUGAAAUCUCUGUUUAAAAUGGGUUCAACUGUUUUGUUCAAAGUUAUUCAAAAUUUCUUGUAACAUUUUGCUACUGGAAUCAGUAUCUGGAUCCUAGAGAAAUAUAUUGCUAGAUCGAUUUUGCCCCCAAAUACGUCCACACAGCAGCCUUUAAAUAUAUCUAUGUAUAUAUAUUUACCAUUAGAACCCUUUAUAUUGCUCGUUAUAUUAUAAUGCAUAAACAUAAUAUUAUCUAACGAUACUAUUAACUUAAAUAAAUUUUGACAAUAAUGGAUGUAUCUUCUAAUAUACGAUAACAAGCAGAGUUUAUUAUUAUCAUUUGUCAUGUCUCAGUACUAAGAGUAUAUCAUAUGUGCCAAAUAUAUACAUAUAGAAAUGAAAAUCAUAUUAAAUUAACUAUAUAUUGUAAAAAAUGCCGAAGGCAACCUCUCUACAAACAGUGUACAUAAAGUUAAUGGUAUAAUAAACUUGUGAUGGGUACUUUAUGUAAUUAGUUCUAGUUACGAGUAGGAAAGGCAUUUUAUUGAGAAUGGCACUCACUCCUCACUCCUCACUGCAUUGCUACAAUGGGAAGGAGUUCUCAUGGUAUGCUAAGGUGCUGAAUAUAAUAGUUACGAAUAUGUAUUCUAAAUACAUAAUUCGUUAUGUACUUCAAUAUGGCCUAUAAACUUUUCUAUAAACAAUUUUCUACUUUUACAAAGUAGUGUAUGAAGAUUUGUAAGCAGUGUUAUUAUGAGGAAAAGCUUAUACUGUAAUCUUUGCAUUAUACAAGCCUAUGUAUGAAUUACAUGUUACAUUAACAUUGUAAGUAAUUUAAUGCUUGGAAAUGACAGGGAUCAGGCCAAAGGUCUUAUUCGAAUAAAAGGACAAAAUGCUAUCCGGGAAAAAUUGGAUUAGAAAUGCUACUCUGAAAUUAUUUUCAAAAAUUAUAACAAUUAGGAAAAUAACUUAAUAAACAUGAUUUUACAAAGAGUUAUUAACAUUUUAUCCAAGAUUUUUUCGGAUACGUUAUACCACGAGAAAUGCGUUCUUUUGUAGUUUAAAUUGAGACGGUGCAUGUGCAUUACGGUGCACCUUAAUAUACCAAAGAUGUUUUUGUGCGAAAAGUAAUGCAAUGAAAACUUUAUAUAUGUAUAUAUUUAUAACGAUAUUAAAAUUUUGGUAUAAAUUGUUAAUUCAUAAAUACUUACUUAUAUACAAUUGUAUUACAUUAUUAAACGAUUGUUGUAACCAUACGAUUUGUUGCCUAUUCUUUAAUAUGAAACAUUGUAAAAACGAACAUUAUAUGUGAAGCAUUGCUGUUUAAGAUAUUUUUCGUCUAGUCAUGUAGCAUAAGGGCUGUGAAAAAAUGAAUGUAAAUGAAACCGCUGGAGGACCGUGCAGAAAGUAAAACCGAUACAUACAUCCCUGCCCAUCAAGCCUUUUCAUAAAAUGAGCUAUGAUAUUUAUAUCGACCAUGACAUGAUGUCUAGUCUUUUGUUAUGUUUGAGAUUUGUUAGAGAAAAUUGUGCAUUUUUUAUUUAUGUUCUCGUAUUUAUGGCCGCAUACUUUAAAUGAACUUCAUAAAGUUAUCUAGACGCUUUGUAAGACAGUAGUUUUUCAAUAAUUAAAAAAGCCGACGCCCGUGUGAUAUUUUGUAAUGGAGUUGAUUCAAUUAUCAAUUUUAGUCCAAAUUAAAACUUUUCAUUGGCAUUGAAUCAACUCCGCCCGGUUUUGUUGUUUCGAUGCCUAACAUAAAUGCUAACGCUCAUGUCAAAAUAUGAUACGAUCUUCUUUUGAAUAGGUAUGCGACCUAACCACAGACAGAUAAAAAAAAUAUUUUUAUUUUAUUGUGGCCUGCUUCACCGCUUGCUUAUAACUUUAUCUGGUACUUACCAGAUAUCCUAAAUGUAACAUAUCAAACAAAUAGCGUUAAAAUUGUGUUUAACAAGUGUUGAAUAGGGCUAAAUGACCAAUGACAUUGGGCAGACUUAUCUAGCAUUUAGUUUGUCUGCCAGAUCACAAUGAAAUAUUUAUCAGAAAGUGGUAAAACAGGCUCUAAAAUCAUAUCAAUCAUAAAUGCCCAUAACUACAUAAGUUCUGGGCAUUUAUGAUUGCGAUGAUCGAAAAUGAUAAUAGUUAGUAUUAAUUGUUAAGCAGACUAAAACGAGUCGGAACUGAUUGGAUAAGUUGUAAAUAUUUGAUUGACUAGCUUUAAUAAUACCAAUAAACGUUUCAUAAUAUGAAUA